AUGAAUUUUGAAUCAAUUUUAUUAGCUAUACCAUUGAUAAUAGUGGGGUACGUCGGUUACAGGGUUGUAUUCCCACCGUGGAAUUUUCCGAAGAAUAUCCCCACUAUACCAUUUUAUGUCAUUUUCCUCCCAUCAAUUCUCAAUAUCGACCAAACUGAGCUGUACCAUUUGUAUCUCAAGGAGCCAUUAGAGAAGUAUGGAGCUGCUAAGCUGUUUUUUGGUUCACGUUGGAAUAUAAUUGUAACUAAACCACAGAUGUUGGCUCAAGUGUUUAAAGAUGAAGAUGUAUUUGCAAAGAGCGGGAAUCAGAAGAAAAUUCCACAUAGCGUGAUCGCAGCCUAUACGGGAGAUAACGUCAUUAGCGCUCAUGGGCAGGUUUGGAAACUUUAUCGAUCAAUUGUAACCAACGGAUUACAACAUUUUGACGAAAGUCCAAUUUUCAGAAAUGCUAAAUUGUUAGGAAAUAUUAUUGGUGAGAGAUUCGAACAAGAGAAUAAGAAAGAAGUUAGUAUUUCAAUGACAGGAUUGGUUCAGCGGUUAUGUUUGGAUAAUAUUUCACAGGUAGUCUUAGGGUUUGAUUUUGCGACCUUAACCAGUGAUAAAUCGCCAUUACAUGACCAUUUGAUGCGUAUAAAGAAGCAGAUUUUUCACCCAUUUUUUCUAACUUUCCCAUUCUUCGACCAUUUACCAAUUCCAGCUAGGAGAAGGGGAUUUAAAGAUGUGGAACAAUUUCGUAAGCAGUUGGUAGAACAUGUAGAUGAUCAACUGGUGAAAAAUUAUAAGUUCGAACAGACCACAUUUGCCGCUAGUGACUUGAUUCGUGCCUACAACAAGGACCAUAUAAAUCGUAAACAAUUGACCGAUAAUAUUGUUAUCCUGCUAGUAGCAGGACACGAAAAUCCACAAUUGUUAUUAACCACUUCCUUAUAUUUAUUGGCCAAAUAUUCCCAAACAUGGCAGAGGAGAAUUAGAGAGGAAAUUAUGAAUGUAUUUGAUUCCAAAAAAUUAUUAGAAUCACCACUGUUAAACAGCUUUCUUUAUGAAGCAGUUAGGGUAUAUCCACCAUUGAAUACAAUUAUUAACAGAUGUACUUCAAAAACUUGUCUCUUGGGUACAAAUGUGGUUAUUCCAAAGGGAACCUACGUGGGAUAUAACAAUUUUGGUACGAAUCACGAUAAAACUUCUUGGGGACCUGAUGCAGAUGAAUUUAAACCUGAAAGAUGGGGAGAUGAUAUGGAAUCCAUUACAAAAAAUUGGAAGCAUGCAAAGAAUGCCUGUAAAGUCAGCAGUUUCCAUGGUGGACGUCGUGCAUGUCUUGGUGAGAAGUUGGCAUUAGCUGAAAUGAGAAUUACUAUAGCAGAAAUUUUGAGGAAUUAUGAAUGGACAUUGGCACCUGAAUGGGAUGAAAAAAUGACACCCGCGGGACCCUUGGCGCCAUUAAAUUUAAAGUUAAAUUUCAGAAAGGUAAAUGUAUAA